UUUUUGUUGCGAAACGAUAUCGAUUUUAUACUUCCGGUUUGAGAUAAGAAUUAAGGAAGUUUUUAAUACACAUGUACAUCACCAUUUUAAUCUUUAACUGGGAACAGGUCUAGUUUUUAAGAAUGGCAAGUGCCUGGGAAAGAUCAAUAGACAUGCAAGGGAAAAAACAAACUAACAAACGUCCAAAUUUCUUUGUGGCUCUACAAAUAACGGACACAAACACUAUAGAGAAACUUGUAGACGCCCAGAAACAGGUCAUUAAGAGGUAUCCAAAUUACGCCGAUUAUAAAAUUCCAGCCAAUGGGUUUCACUUGACGCUUUCUGUUCUGAAACUUGACAACAAGUCUAACUAUAAAGCAUGCUUUGAGGCAAUGAAUCAAGCGAAGUCGAAGCUUGAAAAAUUGGCGCGAAAUACGGAACCGCUUAUAUUUCAAGGUCUUGAUCACUUCAACGAAAGGGUCAUUUAUGCCAAAGUGAAGUAUUCACAACAGUUUCUUGCAUUGGUGGAUGAAAUUAGAGUAAUCAAUGCCGGAUUUGAUGUUGGAUCAUCUAGGUCUAGUUUCAAGCCCCAUUUAACGCUGUUUAAAGUUGGGAGAUCUGGAUCUUUUGAACGCAAAGACAUUUUGCUCAAUAUUUUCAAUGAACCGGAUUGUCCUUUUGGAUCACAGGCCAUUGAUAAUAUCCAAGUGUGUCGGAUGGGAACCUUACCGAGAGGAGAGUCAACCGAGUUUUAUGAAAACAUAUUUCGUUUAGAUAUCCCAGCAGCCACAUCAACCUUGUAUGACCGUUGAACAAUAAUCAGAUUUCAUCGUUGAAAUAACGUUAGAUUUACAUUUGUAUUGCCAUUUUAAGCCCCAGCAAAAACCAAAAUCAUUCAGUUAGUUUUUAUUAGAGUAUGCAGACGUAUUAUAUGACAAUUGUACCCAAUGUGAAAAAACAGAACUGGACAAAAUCCAGUAGCGUAGUCCAACGAAGCAGCUCGGAUCAUUUCUAGUGCUACAAAACUUGUUAAUCUCCAUGAAUUUCAAAAGGAAGUACUCUGGGAAACUCUCCAUACUCGAGCUACCACUUUUUUACAAACAACGCUUUAUGAAAAUUUAUUCUUGCCGUCCGUAAUUCGGGACUGGAAUGAACUCCGAAAUUCGAAAUUCUUCAUCAUUAUCAUCUUUCAAGUGCACAUUGAAACAUACUUUAAAAUGUCCAACUUAUUUUUUUUGUAUGUAACACAAAAUUUCUUCUUAUUAAGUAAUUAGAUUCUUCUUGUAAUUUCAAUCAUAUUCAUGUACAUACAUAUUAUACUAGGAUAAGAACUAUAUAAGCAUCAACUUUCGGUUCUGAACCUUUCUCAUUGAUUUCAUUUGUUGUUAGUUUUGUUUGAAAUAAACUAUGUUUUAACUAAACUAAAAUUUAGUUAGUUCAAAUCAACAAAAUAACGUUUGUUUUUUAAAUUACAUAGCAGAUAAAAUAUUAUUACUUAUCAUAUAUUUGUUCAUAAAAUGUUACCAACAUUUUUUUCCAAGCAAUGUUUUUCAAGAAUAUCCCAAUUAUUCAUUUCUAUUAUUUUUUUAUUAUUAUUUAUUUAUUUAUUUUUGCUUUUUGCUUUUGGUUUAUGAUUAUUUUCUUUGAAAAUGUGAUCAUUUUUGACUAAUGCACUUGAACUGAUACAUGAUUAGUUCAGCUAAAAGCGUAUUUUCAUUGACUUUCAAAAGGGUCAAAGGUUUUCUA